AUGGACCGCGUUGCAGUGCCUCUCGAGAACGGGCGCGGCGUGGUCAUUGUCUCCACCGAGUGGUGCUAUGUCAUGGAGCGCUGCCCGCACCACCGACUCCACCUCUUCUGGUCAAAGUGCGCUGGUUGCCGACGCUCCGUCUGCUCGCGCUGCUCCAAGAAGGAGGCAAAAGGCCGCCAGUGCUUCAACUGCACCAGCGAGCGCACGCGUAUUGCGAUCGAGCACUCGCGUCGAUCUCCGGCCAAGGACAAGGAGGCGCGAUGUAUGCCAAAGCCUACCAAGGACAACGAGGUGCGAUGCGCCGACGUGCCAAAGCCGGUGAGUGCCACGCAGCCGACGGUAUCCGCGACCAUCUCCGAGGCCGAGGCCACGCGAAGCCAUCUCAAGACGUCGCUGUCCCCUCGUCGUAGCGCGCGCGCUGUCGGACUGAGCGACUUUCAGCUCUUGGGUCGGCUCGGAAAAGGCGGCCACGGCGACGUGCUCCUGGUCGAGAAGGUGUCGGGCGAUGACGCCGGGAUGCGUUAUGCGAUGAAGGUCCAGGUGAAGCACAUGAAGAUGCUCAAGUACCUCACGCUGGAGCGCGACCUCUUCGCGACGCUCUCGCACGCCCACACGGUGCCGCUGGUCUACGCAUUCCAGUCCACAACCAAGACGUUCCUGAUCCUGCCUGUCUACGCCGGCGGCGACUUGCACAGUGCGCUGCACUACGGCGUCUUUGACGAGGACGAAGCGCGCUUUUACCUCGCGCAGCUCUACCUUGCGGUCGAGCACAUGCACGCCAAGGGCUUCCUCCACCUCGACCUCAAGCCCGGGAACGUCCUCCUCGACGACGACGGUCAUAUCGCACUCACCGACUUUGGCAUGGCCGCCGCGUACAACGGCACACCGCUCCAAGGCACGUGCGGGACGCUGGUGUACAUGGCGCCAGAGAUUGCCGGUGGCCGCCCCUUCGGUCCCGCCGCCGACUGGUGGUCGUUUGGCACCGUCGCCUACGCGCUGCUGACGGGCCAGCGCCUCUUCCGCGAGCGCAACCCCAAGGCCAUCGUCGAGCGCGUGCUCCGCGGCGCCAUUGAGAUCCCCACUGACCUCUCGGCGACGGCCACGUCCUUCUUGCGACAGCUGCUCGACCGCGACGUCACCACGCGCCUGCAAGGGCCGAUGGUGCGUGCACACCCAUUCUUUGACGCAAUCGACUGGGACAAGCUCGUGGCGAAGGAGCUUCCGGCGCCGCUCAUGAUCUCGACCCUGCCGCUGCACGCCGCCACGGAUCCCCUCGAGCUCGCCUCGCUCGAGCGCUGCGUCAGUGAAGACUGCAGCGGCCUGCCCGUGCAUGUUCGAGGCUUUGCAUAUGGUGGCACGUCGUAG